ACAACAGUUGCCACUACAACUUCCCCUGUCACCACAACUGCAGCUGCAACUACAACAGCCAAUGCCACCACAACUGCAGCUGGUACUACAACAGCAGUUGCCACUAAAACAUCCCCUGCAACCACAACUGCAGCCCACACUACAACAGCCAAUGCCACCACAACUGCAGCUGGUACCUCAACAUCAGUUGUCACUACAACUUCCCCUGUCGCAACGACAACUUCCCCUGCAACCACAACUGCAGCCCACACUUCAACAGCUUCUGCCAGCACAACUGCAGCGGCUCCUACGACAGAGGCUGCCACUACAGGUGCAACUACAACGUCCCCUAUCACCACAACUGCAGCUACAACUACAAUAGCCAAUGCCACCACAUCUGCAGCUGGUACUACAACAGCAGUUGCCACUACAACAUCCCCUGCAACCACAACUGCAGCCCACACUAAAACAGCUUCUGCCACCACAACUGCAGUCACUCUUACGACAGAGGCUACAACAGUUGCCACUACAACUUCCCCUGUCACCACAACUGCAGCUGCAACUACAACAGCCGCAACGACAACUUCCCCUGCAACCACAACUGCAGCCCACACUUCAACAGCUUCUGCCAGCACAACUGCAGCGGCUCCUACGACAGAGGCUGCCACUACAGGUGCAACUACAACGUCCCCUAUCACCACAACUGCAGCUACAACUACAAUAGCCAAUGCCACCACAUCUGCAGCUGGUACUACAACAGCAGUUGCCACUACAACAUCCCCUGCAACCACAACUGCAGCCCACACUAAAACAGCUUCUGCCACCACAACUGCAGUCACUCUUACGACAGAGGCUGCGACUACAACUGCGGCUGCUACUACAACUUCACCUAGGCUGCCACUACAGCUGCAACUACAACCUGGUACUACAACAGCAGUUGCAACGACACCUUCCCCUGCAACCACAACUGCAGCCCACACUUCAACAGCUUCUGCCAGCACAACUGCAGCGGCUCCUACGACAGAGGCUGCCACUACAGGUGCAACUACAACGUCCCCUAUCACCACAACUGCAGCCCACACUACAACAGCUUCUGCCAUCUCAACUGCAGUGGCUCCUACGACAGAGGCUGCCACUACAACUGAAGCUGCUACUACAACU